UUCAAUCGUCUCCGCGACAGUUGUAUAGCAGCAGCAGCAACAGCACCAGUGAGGAAAAGUCUAUUUUCUGUGUCGAUUUUUGCGGAUUUUACGAGCGAUUCCCCAGUGGAACUCACCGUCUACGGAUUGCGACCCGCACGGACUUCCGUUAGCAGCUGGUUUCAGACAAAUCAAACACGACCAUGGACUCGCCGACGGCCCUGCUGGUUGCCGUUGCCAGUUCAUCGCUUUCGGUAGCUGGUCCCUCAUCAUCGUCGUCGUCACUGUCGUCCUCGUCGACGCUGGGAUCCUCGUCACCGGCCGCCGCAGUGCAGGAGAUUUGCAAGUUCUUCAAGAUGGGCACCUGUCGCUACGGGACGUCCUGCCGUAAUGCACACGUCGAACCGGAACUGUCCGGUCCGUCGUUUGCUAGUGCGGCAGAACCUGGACCCAGUACCAGCUUCACCAUUGAUCCUCUCAAGUGGAUCAACGCCCCGGUGUUUGUGCCGAAGUUCAAACAAUGGCAACCAACUCCGGUUCCGGUGCAUGCCGAUGCCGAGCAGAACGAUGAACGAGAAUCGGAGGAGGAACUGCAGGAGCAGAUUUUACACGAGGAAAUGGCGGUAGAGGACGGACAAGACGACGAUCAGGAAGAGGCUGCACCCGCUGCUGGAGGCGGAAUGUCCUAUGCUGCGAUUGUCACUAUGAACAACAACCACAACGGAUUGGGAAUUAUUGAAGAACAUGGAGAUUCGGUGCUAUGUCCGUAUUAUGAGAACAGUGGUGUUUGUAUGUUGGAUACGUGUCCCUAUGCCCACGGGGAACUGUGUGAGUUGUGUGGCAAGUUUUGUAUGAACCCGUUGGACAAGGAACAACAGCGGCAGCACAAUGUCGAGUGCAUCAAGCAGCACGAGCUGGACAUGGAGCACUCGUUUGCCAUACAGCGGUCCAAAGAUAAAAUCUGCGGCAUCUGUCUGGAGGUGAUUCUGGAGAAGCCGAGCCGUGAACAGCGAUUUGGCAUUCUUCCUAAUUGUAAUCACAUCUUCUGCCUGGAGUGUAUCCGGACGUGGCGACAGGCGAAGAACUUCGAGAACAAAAUCAAACGGGGAUGCCCAACGUGUCGCAUCUCGUCGGAUUUCGUGUGUCCCAGCAUUGUGUGGGUGGAGAGCCGUGAGGAGAAGGACAAGCUGAUCAACGAUUACAAGAAGGCCUGCAACACGACCCACUGCAAGCACUUCAAGCAGGGUUCGGGCAAGUGCCCGUUCGGUAACAAGUGCUUCUACAAGCAUGCCCUUCCGAAUGGGCAGCUGGUCGACGUGGGUGGACCUUCUCGGACGGACAGUCGCUUGAGGAUCAGCCAUCUGCAUGACUUCUUCCGCGAGGUGCUGCACCAGCGAGGGCGCCUGCUGGACGAUUUCAUGUCCUCGAUAUUCUCCGACAGCGACGACUCGGAGAUGUCCGAAUUGUACGAUCUGUAUGACAUCUAGUUGCUCAGCACUGCAGCAGUAGCCCGCCGCCGCCGCAUCCCGCAGCAACCGCAAGCGCACCAGGAGCAGCAUCCGCCGCAGCAGCACGGCAAUUUGUGUCAGCAGCAGCAGCAGCAGCAAUCACGACGCCAACAUUACCACCAUUAUCUAUACUACUAUCAACUCUAUGGCGAUACCCGUAAUGGUAGCAGCAACAACAACCGCAGCAGUAAUUGUAUUUUCGUCUAUUUAGUCCAUAUGGAAAGUGGAGCUAUGGUGGCCGGACCUGGUGGAGAGUAAAGUGUGUGUGUGUGAUAGUUUUUUUUUCUGAGCUAGCAGGUCAUCGGUAGUAGCCCAGAGCCGCCAGGCACACCAUUAGAAGAGGCCCCGUUCGUUCGCUUGGUGGCGUGCUUCACUAACUGGCAACAAUAGAACUAACGUGUGUAACUGUCCCCCUCUCCUCCCGGACUGUGUCCCGUGCAAAAACCAGCGGGAC